CUGCUGCGGCGCGGGGCAGAGCAGACCGCGUUCCGUGUUCAACUGUCUGCAAAUUUCAAGAAGAUAUCUUUAAGGAAGAAGUUCUUUAUCUGGCUCGGCAUCUCUCGCCUCUCAUUAUGUUCGACAGAAGCAUUUUUUGGUUCCUCUGCAUUUAUACGGCAGUAGUCGUAGCUACUGACUACAGCGACCGAGACCCCAUUACAGAACCAGAUCUUGAAAUCACAUUCUACGGUUUAAAAAAUGACACUACAGACCCGCUCCUGGCUGACGCGAGCACCGAGGCCGCCGCCCCCGCCGCCGCCUCCGCCCCCGCGCGUCCGCAGAGGGCUGCCGAGUGGCGCGCAGACCCGGAGCCGCCGGAGUGCGGGUGGCGGGGGGUGGCGCCGCUCAACGUGCAGACGGCGGCGGCCACGGCCGUCAUCGCGCUCAACUACUCGUGCCGCAGCCUCGGCGAGGCCGCCGUCGCCUUCCUGAGGGAAAACCUGCUCCCCGUGAUGGCCACGCGGGGCUGGGCCAUCGCUGUACUCCACUACCCGCACCUCGUCGUACAGUUGUCUCGCCUGCUUGCAGGGCUGCCAGCAGCAACCAGCUCGCCGCCCACUGUGGACGGCGGCACCAGCGCCGCCCCCCGGACACACAGCGACCGCGGACGGACUGCCGCCACAGCCGCGCCGCCCACGGCUUCCCAGGCCAGUACACAACUUUCUGACGAGGCCGUCUCUUUCCUGUGGAGGCUCCCUGAACGAGAGAAGGACAGAAGACUGAUCCAGUUAGCUAAGAAGGGGGCAGUGCAGGAGGUGCGGGUGCUGCUCGAAGCAGGUGCAGAUGUGCGGGCAUUUGACGAGAACAGGAACACCGCCUUGCAUUGGGCGGCAGCGAGUGGAAGUGAGGAGGCAGUGAGGCAUCUGCUGCAGGCCAGGGCGUUUGUGAACGCCAGGAACAACAGGCGCGAGACGCCUCUGUACUACGCCGUAUGGAACGGCAGUGCGGCUGUGGUGCGGCUACUGGCUGGGUCCUCUGCCGACCCCAACGCCAGGGCUGACGAUGCGAGUACGCCGCUGCACUGGGCGGCGUACUGGGGCCACGCGGAGGCGGCGGCAGCGCUUCUGGAGGCGGGCGCCGACAGAGGGGCCAGAGACGCCGACGGGGACACACCGCUGGACAAGGCCAGGCAGAGCAAGAAGCAGAAGCUGGUAGAAAUGCUGACGUGACGCAUGCGGUCCGACAAACAUCGUGGCAGUAAGGCAGAAGGAUCUCAACUGCCUCACUUUUCAUUACUUUUUAAAUUAAAAAUACAAAAAAAUGAACUCUCACCUAUUCUUUCCAUCUGUACAAUGUAAUACAUGUAAUUACUCCAGUAUCAGCACAAGGGCGACAAUGAUCGAUAUCUACUAAAUAAUGUAAGAUGAACAACACUCCUACUGCGAAAACUCAACUAAAAUACUCCAUUUGAAGUAAACACCAGUUUCCUAUAAA